GGUCUUUGGGGGCUAUAAAAGCAUUUGUGCCUUAGACAGCGGCAUUAUUCAGCUUUGUGUUCUUGCCACGAGUUCAACUUGCAACCAAAACCAAAAUGUUCAAAUACUUCGUUUUUGCCGCUUUCUGCCUGGCCAGCGCUGCUGCUGCUCCUGGCUAUUUGGGAGGAUUAGCUGCUCCGGCCUUGCCGCUAGCUGCAGCUGCUCCGGCCAUCUCCUAUGGACACGCCUUGGCUGCUCCCUCGAUUGCUUCCUACGGACUGGCCCCUAGGCUUAGCUAUGCCGCUCCGGCCUUGGCGCACGCUCCUCUGGCUGCUCCGGCCCUUUCCGCCUACGGACUGGGUUAUGGUCACGGUCCCAUUGGCCUGGCUCAUGCUCCUUUGGGACUGGCUCACGCCCCUCUGGCCGCUCCCUUGGGAUUGGGCUACAAGUCGGCCUAUCCUGCUCUGGGUGCUCCUCUGGGACUGGGCUACAAGACAGCUCUGGCUGCUCCUGCCUAUGGACUCGCUCAUGGAUGGUAAACGAGGUCCAUCCCACCCAGCAUCGUUUUCCGCAUGCAUUUCGUUUUGUUUGGAUCGGUCAGAAAUGAGAUGUAAAUACACA